AGCCUAUAUUAGGGUGCAACAUUAGUUUUUCACUCUUUUACCCAACCUUUCUCUAUUCCAUCGUGUCUUCCUCCUUUGAUAAUUUAUCUGGAGGCUUGCCAAAUUUAUGUAGAUUCCUCGUGUUUUCCAAUAAAUUUCUAGAUACUGGUCAAGCUAGGUCAUAGAUGAAUCUCUUGGGAGUGGAAUCACAAAUCAGAUCCAAGAGAAGUGGGAGAAUCAAAGCGCCAAUAGGAGAUGAAUCCUUGGCGAUUGGGUGAGUUUCCUCUCAUCGAUGUUUUUUAUCUCUAUUUUGCAGGCUAGCUCCAACAUGCUUCACCUUCUUCUAUCGCCGCUCUACCCAUUACUUCUAGACAAAAUUCUUUUGAGUGAUGAUUAGUUAGAGGUAGUUUCAAGAAUUGGAAAUUGAAGGACACUUCAUUCUCAUUUUUGAUACAUUUUCCUUUUUUAUUGAAGUAUCUUCAGUCAUUUCAAUGGUAUUUCUUAUCUAAAUCACAACUUGAUCAAUGAGAUUUUGAUAGAAAGAGACAAUGUUCUUGUACUUUUAAUGCAUUCUAGGUAUAUUUUUUUAUGGUUUUAAAGGUACAAAGAAAGGUAAGGAAGAUUGGACCAAGCAUUGAAGGAUUGUGGAGGACCAAUGAGUUGUCAAGAGAAGUUUAAGGAGUUUUCACGGGAAAGGAGUGGUCAAAUGACAAAGAAGUCAACUAGAAGUUGCUAGAUUAUGUCAAGUCGAGCCCAUAGGAGGAAGAAUCAAUCCAUUCUAAAGCAAGAAAGAGCGACGGCCCGAACAAUAGGUCUAGUCACCGCUACCCAAAGUUCCAGCCCAAAUCGUCAGGUAUUGAAGUCCUUGGAUCAAGAAGCCCAAAUCAUGAAGAAUCAAGGCGGCGGGUCCAACCGACGUACCAAAGUCGCCCUCCCUUUGUCUUUUUGACGAAAUUUCCUAAGUUUACCAGGUUUAGUAGACUAUUUCCUAGUCGAUUUAGGUUGAUUUUGGUCGGAUUCUCCCCUAUAAAUAGUGAGGGCAUGACUCUAUUGUAAGAGUAUGGGUGCACAAACAAACAAAUCUUUGUAACACUAUACACGAGUGCCUGGUCUAGUCGAAGUAGAGGGAUCUAUAGCUAAGGAGAUGGUGUCUUCACCAAAGGUGGUACCUUCAUUCUCCUCUAUGUGGCUAAUCAAAACUAAUUGUAUUAGGAUGUAAUUUUGUUUAUUGUUAUGUGAAUGAAUGUUGUGAUUUCAUCUCAUUCUUGUAUUUGUCUAUGAAUUUGAUGGCUAUGAUGAUCGUUGAUUGUUUUAUUGUUGUUAUGCUUAUGAUGGUCAUUGCUUUUUCUAUGGUAUAAAUGCUCUUAAUACCAUCGAUGCUUAUGAUUCUAUUGUAUGCUACUACAUGCAUUGUGCUUAGUAUUGCCUAGAUUGUCAAUAAAUUACCUUCUAGGGAUACCCCAUUGAUGCUACAUGAGUAGGGGAGGAUUGAUCACCCAUCUAUGCUUAGAGUAGUAUUAAUGCUUGAUUGGUAGAUCAUCGAUGCUAUAGACUAUAGUUAUGGUUCGUAGAAACCCACAAUUAACUAUAUGUAACUUCAUUUCUCAUCAUUAAUUAUUUAAUAGCAUGAAGCAAAAGCAUGCAUUAGUUAGUUAAGUCUCUAUUGCAAGAGGCGCAUGCACGGGUGAAGAGUGGUCUUAGGGGAAGUGAUAAGGUGUUGCAAUAGAUGAACCAUUGAUGCAUGAUAUGAAUCAACCCUAGUUUGCAUGAUCAUCUUUGAGUUCACAAUUCAUUACAAGAAAGUAUCUUUACUUUAAUACAUCUAUAAAUCGAAAACCCUAAACAACUUUACUCUUCUUGUUUGCUUGUUCAAUUCCUGUUUGUCAUGGUGGUUGGUUGAGUAGUUAAGCAUUAGAAAAUCCGAAGGAAUACGACCCUAAAACACAUCUAGGAUUAUAAGUUGUGUUUCUUACAUCACUUACCAGUAUUUCCACUAAAAAUUGAAGACCAAACAAAUACUGGCUAAUUGGGUGAUUUUGUGCCACUUGAUCGGUUAAGACAAGUGUUAGAUGUUUUUCUCCUAUAGGAAAACCUCAUUUGGUGUCAAAAUAAUAGACUUGACGUCGAAAACAUUUCUUUUAGAGCAACAACACUAAGUACUUCCACACUCAAACUAUAAGGCAAAAAACAGAUGACCAAAUUAUGGGAUUACAAAACAAUAGGCGAGAGCCUGUGGAGGACGACAACAUCAUGAAGCAAAUAACACGGGAGUGCUUUAUAUGGGCCUAUAUUUAGAGGAAUUUUACAAUGCUAUAUAGCAUUGAUGAUAUAGGUUUUUUCCUUUAUGGUACAACUUGAAGUUGUACCUUUACAUUAUGGUACAUAAGGGCAAUGAGAGAGAAAGUGAGAAUCGAGAGGAGGGUUCAAGUGAUUUGUCUUUCUUUUCCAACCGAUUUGGAGAUAGGAUUAAAAUCACGUAGCACAUUCAAAAUGGCUGCUCUUUUUAUUUAAUACUUCCUAUUGAUGCAAGGGGGUGGCUUAGUUUCUCUGAGAACCUUUCAAACUCGGUUCGGAAACCCCAGGUCUAGCUAGCUCAGCGUCGGCGUUCGGCGACAGUCCUCCUCGGAAGGUCGUAUGCUACGACCGUCAAGGAAGGUCUGUCUUACAUAGAAGGGGAUUGUCAAAUUAAAAAAAAUGGAGAGGGUUCGAUAUAUUGAAGUGGAAGAGAAAGGAAUCACUGAAAGACUGAUGUUCCUGGAUCACUAUCUCACCGUAGAGUUUUUCAGCAUCCAGAACAGGGGCCUUCCUGACGAGUUGGAAAGUGAUUUCAUUGAAUGGGCUCGCGUGAACUGGAAGUUAAAUGAUGACUUCGCCUUCACAAAGGAGGUUGAGGAUUUGUGGAUGCUUGCUAGCCCAUCGUUGCAAGAGGUAAUCCGCAUGCAAAGUUGUCGGCGCACCACGUUCCGUGAGUACAAUAUUAUUGUUUGGUUCUGGAAAGAAGACGUUGGAAGAUGCUUUGCUCCUCAGAAAGGUCUGACUUGGAUCAUGGCCAUUGGAAUCCCGCACCACCUUAGAAGUCUGGACGUUUACAAGAAGAUUGGUGAGCUCUGCGGGGGUUUCAUUGAUAUUAAUCGAAGUUGAUGGGAAGAACCGUUCGUGUGCAUUAAAAUCAAGACUGGUGAUCGGAUUCCGAAUAAGAUUCCUUUGCUCUUGGUACCACUAUUUUUUUGGCCAAGAAUGUUGUACCCCUGAUCACAGAUGAGCCGACGACAGACUUGAAUCGACAUCGUCUCCUUGCCCGGAAUUGGGGAAAGCCGAGGAGUCCCAAUGUGGCAUGCAAACCAUCAUCAUUAGCCUCUCUCCCCAAUAACGUGGCUAUAGGGGG